CUUCUCAGUCUGCCAACCGAACUCCGCCUACUAAUUUACGAACACACCUUCACCCACCAAAUCAUCCACGUGCACCCCAAAGCCUUCUCUUGCCUAGGAACCCAAUCUCCACUACGCCCACAUGGUACCCGAACAUACCAGUCUGUAAUCUCUCUCCUUGUAACCUGCAAAACAACCCGUAAGGAAGCAACUUCAAUCUUCAACGCACUCGUCACUUUCGACCUAACACCCUAUUAUAACUGCAUGGCCGCCGCAUACGAACUAGGGCCCGAUAUAUGCCGGGGUAUCAGAAGUAUAGAGGUGGAUCCGAGGUUAGCGAAGAGGUUAGCAGUGGGAAUGCAGCAGGGCGGUAUGAAGGAGACGGGGUAUCGGGAUUUGCUGCCGGCGUUGCGGCAUGUGUAUGUGAGGGAUAGUAGUGUCGUGUUUGGGGUGUUGGCGGUGAGUCAUAAUUUGGCUGUUAGGGCGUUGAGGGUAUAUUUUGGGUGGGAGGGGUUGGAGGUGCAUUUUACGUGA